AUGCACCAAACCCUCUCUCGCACCCUCUUCCGCCCUCCUUUCCCUCUGUCUUCCACCUUCCUCCCCCCCUCCUCUCUCCUUCCAUACCCUCUUCACUUCCCCUUCUUAUCCCCUUGCUUCCCUCUCACUUCCCCCUCUUUCGCCCUCAUUUUCCCUCGCCCCUUCCUAAUCCCCUCCCCUUUCCUUCUUUCGCCUCCUUUCACUCUCCUGUCCUCUCCCCUUCCCCCCCAUUCUCCCUCCUCUCCCCCUACCAUUCCUCCCUCCAUUCCCUUUUCUUCCCCCGCCUUUCUCCCUCCUUCCCCCCUCCUUGCCCCUUCCUUCCCUCCUCCUUCCCCCCUCGUUUUCCGCUCCGUUCCCCUCAUUUACCCUGCCCACUUCGAUCCUUUUCCUCUUCCACUGCCCGUCUCCUCCUUUCGCGCUCAUUGUUUCCCUUCCCAUUUCCCCCUUUUUUCCCUCCUUUCCCCCUCCGUCCCCCCUCCGUGCGCGCUCCUGCGCCCCUGCUGCCGCGCGCCUUGCGCGGGUGCUGUCCACGCGGGGCUCAACGGGGCUCUCCACUCGCCCUGCCGCCACACCUGCUGCUCCUCCGCCCCUGCUGCCCGCCUGCUGCCCACUCCCCCCCCUCCCUCCUCGCCACGCCCAUCCCCGCGCUGCGCCCUCCACUCCCCCACGUCAGCUCCUUGCCGCGCCUGA